AUGAGAGUCGAUGAAGACUCGGAACAAGUAUUUUCCAACGGUCAUCCUGCAAGUUCCAAUGGUUCCACUCCAAGGAAGCCCCUUCACUCUAGUUUGAACGGACACGUGAAUGGAUCCAGCCCCUCGUACACGAAUGGCACCUCCAAAAAACUGGCUCCUGGCCGGUCAGCCACAUACAGAGGACAUAACAGAGAAGAGGUGGUCAGAAUUCUCAUCCAGGGCCUGUUAGAUAUGGGAUAUUCCGACGCCGCCAAUGUCUUAUCAAGCGAGAGUGGCUACGAGCUGGAAAGCCCUUCGGUCGCUGCCUUUCGAAGUGCCAUCUUGGAAGGUGUAUGGUCCGAGGCAGAAGCAAUAUUGCUAGGGUCACGUCAGGAUGACCGUGCAAGUUCGCUUCCAGAGGACGACCAAUAUGGGGAGGGGCUCGUACUUGCCGAAGAUGCUGAUAGAGGGCAAAUGUUGUUCUUGAUUCGGCAGCAGAAAUUUCUGGAGUUACUCGAUCGACGAGACCUAGGCAUGGCCCUCAUGGUCCUGAGACAAGAACUGACGCCCCUGGAACACGACAUCCACCAAUUACAUGCUCUCUCAACCCUGCUCAUGUGUCCGCCCGAGGAUCUCAGAGACAAAGCACACUGGUCAGGCACGGUGGAAGAGUCCAGAAAGAUGCUGCUGCAAGACCUGUCUCGGUCAAUCGCUCCCUCCGUCAUGAUUCGAGACCACAGGUUAGCGGAAUUGUUUGACCACAUAAAGCAGAGCCAGAUCAACCAGUGUCUCUAUCACAACACAGCAGAACCUCCGUCGCUGUACUCAGACCAUAUCUGUGACCGCGAUGAUUUCCCGUCACGGACGUUUCUACAGCUGGAGGAUCAUACUGGUGAAGUCUGGCACGUGCAGUUCUCUCAUGAUGGCAGCAAAUUGGCUACGGCAAGUCAGGACCAGACUGUCAACAUCUACGAAACAGAGACCUUCAAGCGUCUCCAUACCCUCACUCAUCACUCGGCCGAGGUUACGUAUGUGUCUUGGAGCCCCGAUGACACCAAAAUUGUCACCUGUUCGCAAGAUUGCAAGGCACGCGUCUACGAUGUCGAGACUGGGAGGCUAGAGGUGACCCUUGAGCACCAAAGCGUGGAUCAAAACUACGGCAUCACUGCCGCUGCUUGGACUCCCGACUCUCAGGGCUUCGUGACUGCAAGUCACGACCGCAACUCGCAGCUGUGUUACUGGAACCUCCGAAGUCCGAAGCGCGAGAAACCUGAGCACGUUUGGCCUAGGGGGUUCCGUGUACAAGAUGUCGCCAUCACCGAGGAUGGGAACUGGCUCGUUGCUCUCGACCCUCAGAACAUCAUCCGCGUGUUCCACAUGCACUCGUAUCGGGAAGAGCCGCCCAUUAAAGUCACGGGCAAGAUGACGAGCAUUACUUUAAGCCGGGAUGGCAGCACAGUGCUGGUCAACUUGGCGAUCGGUGAGGUUCAUAUGAUUGACUUGGUCACGAGAGACACCAUUCGCAAGUUCCGCGGGCAAAAACAAGGCGAGUUUGUGAUCCGAAGCUGCUUCGGGGGAGCCGCGGAGAAUUUUGUGGUCAGCGGCUCGGAAGAUGGUUUGAUCUACGUGUGGCACAAGGAGAACGAAUCGCUGAUCGAGAAGCUGUCCGGGCAUGGUCGGGGUCAAAGUGGUAAGGAGUGUGUGACGACUGUGGACUGGAACCCCAGAAACGCCCGUAUGUUUGCGUCUGGGGGUGAUGACCGUAAAGUGCGAAUAUGGACGAACUUGCAGCCACCAGUUGAGGAGGGCCUUCCCGGCUUUCGCACCAAUCUGAAGCAGUUUUUCAUCCGAGAAGAGUCAGCGCGUAUCAGCGCCUUGAGAUCGACGCUAUAG